UUUGCUGAUUGGAAGGAUGGAGUUAGAAGGGUGCACUAAGACAAAAAUGGAAAGACUGACUAGAGAUCAUCUGUUAGUUAAAAGUGCUGAAUAUAAUUCCUGUCCAACUAUUUAACAGUAUGCUACAGCUCUAAGUGUCUUAUUUAAACUAAAAAAAACAUGAAUGGUCUUGUCUUUUAAGCAUUUAUGCACAUUCCCUUGAUGAAGCCUGAUAAAGUUAGUGAGGAAAGUCUCAGACGGGGCUAAAUGGAAGAUGGCCAUAGAGACUAGACAUGUGAUGAGGAAAAUACCAACUUCAUGUGACCCAUGGCUAAGGAGCGGCUCACAGGCGAAGACAAACACUCAUUUGUGUUAUUUUCUUCAUUCUGCACUAAACCAGUGAGGAGAAUCCACAAGUCAGUGUGCAGAUCCACUCCCUUCUGGCUGGAGCCAAAGUUUUCAUAAUGCACACUAUUAAGACAGUCGAGACUCAAGUUCCCUUCCUUAAAGAGAGUUUCUUCACUUCCACCUUCAAAGGCAGGAGGAAGAGCAGUGUCACCCACAUCCUCCAUAAACAACAACACUCGUUUCUAAAUCAACAACAGAGCAUCAUAGAGGAUCGACAGCACAGUCCUAAGCUGUUUCAUCCGGUUCUUGCAGAAAAUGGAGCAGGGCAGCGAACUCCGGAGCAUCAGCGGCUUGCUCGUUCAACGAGCAGCCCGUUAUGCAAGACAGCCGAGCUUACACGACCAGACUGGGAAGGGAAGGAGGGGCAAAAAGAGAGAAAGGAUCAAAGAGAGCGAGAAGAUGUGCAGGGGAGGGGGGGCGAGUGCGUGGCUGUUAGUGCCAGUCUCCACCUCCUUUCAGCAUCAGCAGUACUGGGGGAGCCAGCAUCAUCCUCACAGCUGCCGUUAACUGUGGUGGGCAGACAGCAGGGAUUAUCCAGCUCUGGGAGAGCUCUGACCAAUCAAGGAAUAUCAUUAGAAACAGCCCAGGAGGAAAUCCAGCAUGCCCAGUCUCGACCUCAACAGCAUGGCCUGUUAGCCAAGGGUGUUCGCCUGCUAAGGAAUAUGGGAAACCAGGAAACAAAACAGAAAAAAGGUGGAGUAAGUGGUGGAGCCGCUGGGGAUGUCAACUGUGAGGGUGAUGCUGAUGAGAGAGAAGUGGAGAAACAAUCUAAGAAGUUCCACAAUAAGACAAGUAAAGUGGGAGGAGAACAUAAUGCAAAGAAGAAACCAAAGUCAGAGUCAAAGGGCUCUGUGUUUUCUGGAAUGAAGAUCAGGAAGAGUCUAUCCAAAGUGAAAGGAUUGUCUAAGGAUGACAUGUUGGAAGAUGGGAGAUCAGCACAUGUUGGCAAGACUGAGCUGAAGCCUGGUGCAGAGGCAAGCCAGUCUGCUGAUGACAUGGGCAUGCUAUCAGAUGUCGAGGGCGAUUUGAACCGUUUGACCGCAGACGGUCAACAGUCUGUGGGAGAGUUUGGCCGGAAGACAAGUUCGGGUUCAGAGGCUGACCUGUACAGUUUUCACUCGGCAGCAGCAGAAACUGAAGACCUGCUAUCUGACAUCCAGCAAGCCAUUAGAGAUCAGCUUGUGGUCAGUGACAGCAUACUGGAAAUAGUGCCCAGGCCCUUAAAUGAGCACAUGACUUCUAAGGUGAGUGAAGUCCCUGACACGGUGUCCCCCCAGUUAUUUAAUCUAGAACAGGGACUUUACUCCCCAUCUACUGGCAGAAAAACUUUACCUACAGCACUAGACAAUAAGAAAAUAGAUACUGAAAGCAGUAACAUACCAAUAUCAAGAAAUUCAUCAGCAGAGAGUGGACCACCAUCUUCAGCGCUAGACACAGAAAGAAGUAGUGGCAGUGUUUUCCCAAAGACGAACAGUACCUACAGCUUCCAGGAUACUACUGCUACCACCACAACAACCACUUCAUAUGAGAGUGCUGAGGAGCCCCAGGAUGACCUGGAGAGUCCAGUUUACCAUCUACAACAGAGUCAAGGAAAUCGGGCUACACAGAGCAAAAAUGUGUGUUUACCAUCUGUCCAUUUGGACUCCAUGUUGGUAGUAACAGGUCCAAUUGGAACUCACAAGAGCGCAAGCAGUUUGGACCUGUCUGUUGAGAGGGAGGAAGAGGAUAGUGUAAAAUGGGAUUUUUUGUCGCUUACAAGAAGGAAGAGUAGCAUGUCUAUCAGCCAUCUGACAGACAACCUGCCUGUUUCUCAGUCCAGACGAACAUCUGCUAACUCGCCCUCAACUGUCAGACUCUACCCCCCAGUCCACCCCUCUUAUGUUAAGACGACUACUAGGCAGCUUACCUCUCCAGUGGGUUCCCCACUUACCAGCCCAAAUGUGCCUAGAAAAUCAGAUGUCACUGUUGCUUCUUUGGAAUCCAGCAGAACUGAUGGGUUGACAAGACGUAAGCAAAGGUCUUGCUCCAUCGCUGGUGUCUCUGGGGACUGGUCUGUCGAGCUAGAUGAGGUGGGAAGAAGUGAAACUGGUGUUGCUAAAUUCCCAGAGCAGGAAACUCCAGAGAAGAGUCAUGCAGGUGGGAACUACUGGACACUGGGCUCCAAGAGAGCACCUUAUGGAAGGAAGACCUCUAAUUCUACAGCACCCUACCUGGAUGUCUUCUCUGGUCGUACUCUGUUGGAGAGGCUUUGUUUGAAUCAUGGAGAUGCAUCUGCUGAGGUAGAGGCAAGAGAAAUGUGUCACCGGAUGCUGUUCUAUGGUCUACUGCAACCCUUUAGCGACAGCACUACAGAGCACCACAGUGAUGGGACUGUCUCGGCAGUCUUUAAUGAGGAGCAGCUGUAUACCUGGGCAUCUGUAGGCCUUCCUGUGUCCUCCCACCUGUGGGAACUCUAUGGGGGGCGAACUGCAGGGAAAGUGCAGCGCCUGAGGUCCCCUUUGCAUCGCUCAUCAGCCAAGACACCUGGUGCUCUGCACUUUCAGACAGAAUCCAGCUGGUUGAAGUCAGGUCAGUCAUCCUCAGAGGAUGAAACCUGCCUCAUCCCUCAGCUGGAGAAGACAAUCGAUGACCUGCAGAUUAAGAUUGCUGCGUUGCAAGGCCAGCAGGCCCCCUUGGAAAAGAGCAGUGGGGAUAAUAUUGUAGCCCUGGGCAAUGGCCACCACAAGGCCCCACAGACCAAAGGAGGAAGAUUAGAGCGGAUGAGCCAGGAGGUGUCUGUUCAGACCUCGCCUGUGGAGGAGGGCUUUAAGGUUGAUGUGCCUUUGAGUGGAGGAUCUGACAGCAUGUCGUCCUCUUUGUCAUCUACCAUCCCUAAAUCUACAGAGGGCUUUGUGUGCACGUGCCAGCAGAGCCAACAGAGCAGCAUCCAGCCAGGUCCUCCUCCUCCUCCAAUCUCGGGGGGAAUGUCCCCACCUCCACCACCUCCUUUACCAGGUGCUGUUAUACCACCGCCUCCUCCCUUACCUGGUGUAGGACCUUGUCCACCACCACCCCCUCCUCCACCACCACCACCAGGCUUUGGGCCUCCACCACCUCCUCCCCCACCUAGUUUCGGACCUCCGCCCCCACCUCCUCCACCGCCGGGUAUAGGCCCUCCCCUUCCGCCCCCUCCACCCGGAAUGGGCCCCCCUCCUCCACCACCACCCCCAGGCUUUGGGCCUCCACCACCACCAGGUCCCAUGCCGUCCAUGAUGGUCCAGGAAGCUCUCCCUGCCAAGGCUGUGAUUGAGCCCCCGAAGCCAAUGAAGCCACUCUACUGGACCCGCAUUCAGCUGCAUGCUAAAAAAAAUACCGGUCCAGUGGUGUGGGAAAAAAUUGAGGAGCCAACUGUAGAUUUUGAAGAAUUUGUGGAGCUAUUUUCUAAAAGUGCUGUCAAGGAGAAGAAGAAGCCAAUUUCAGACACAAUCACCAAAUCAAAGGCCAAACAGGUGGUGAAACUGUUAAGCAACAAGCGCUCUCAGGCUGUUGGUAUCCUGAUGUCCAGCAUACACCUUGACAUGAAGGACAUCCAGAAUGCCGUCCUAAAUAUGGACAACACUGUUGUUGAUCUGGAGACUCUGCAAGCACUUUAUGAAAAUAGAGCUCAAAAUGAUGAGAUGGAUAGCAUUAAAAAGCACAUUAAAUCAGCACAAGACAAGGAGGAUGCCAAGCCACUGGACAAGCCAGAACAGUUUCUAUACCAGAUAUCGCAAAUCUCCAAUUUCUCUGAACGAGUGUUCUGCAUCCUAUUUCAAUCAACCUUCCAUGAGUGUAUCACCUUAAUCCUGCGCAAAAUUGAAAUCCAGCAGAGAGUUGUUAAGAAUCUUCAAAGUAGUCAGAGUGUGUUGCAAGUGCUUGGCCUGGUCCUGGCUUUUGGCAACUUCAUGAACGGAGGUAAUCGGUCUCGAGGACAGGCUGAUGGCUUCACCUUGGACAUUCUGCCAAAACUGAAGGAUGUCAAAAGCAGCGAUAACUCCCAGAGUCGUUUGUCCUACAUUGUUGCUUACUAUCUAAGGCACUUUGAUGAGGAAGCUGGUAAGGAGACGUGUGUUUACCCUAUACCUGAGCCCCAAGACCUCUUCCAGGCUUCCCAGAUGAAGUUCGAGGACUUUCAAAGAGAUCUCCGCAAGUUGAGAAAAGACCUAAAUGCAUGCUCAGCUGAAACGGAGAAAGUUUGCAAGUUAUCCUCUGAAGAAAGCCUGCAACCCUUCAAGGACAAGAUGGAUGAAUUUCUCAGCCAAGCCAAAACUGAGCUGGAAAUGCAGGAAAAGCAGUUGGCAGACACUCAGAAGAACUUUUUGGAGCUGACUGUGUCCUUCUCAGUUAAACCCAAAGCAGGAGAGAAGGAAGUCUCUCCCAACACUUUCUUCUCCAUUUGGCAUGAGUUUUCUACAGACUUUAAAGAGCAUUGGAAGAAGCAGAAUAAGCUGUUAUUACAGGAACGGGUGAAAAUGGCUGAAGAGAAUUUCAAGCAGGCCCGGCAGAAGGCUUCCUACAAUGUGACGACCAAAAAUGCCACUGGAAUAAAAGCAAAGCUGGGUAAGAAGAUAUGAAGCUGAAGAUGGGACAUCAUCAUCAAAUCUAUUGCAGAAGAACAAUCUGACUUUGCCCAUCUCUCAUUUUUAACAUGUCUGUGUCUUUGAUAUUUAUCUGCUGCUCUAUGGUGAGCUUUUUCAAGAGGAAAUUAUAAAGUCAAAGUCAAAUGAACCACUUCAUUCACAGUCAGACUUUGAAAACACACGUUUUUAAAUAGAAAACUGGAAACAAAAUCCUUAAGGUGAGAUUUUAUUUAAUAAUUUUAGCAAGAAAAUGCUCACUUUUUUAAAAAAAGUUUUAUUAACUAAAUAUGGCCUCUUUGACACUUUCCCAAGCAAAGUUUUUUUUAAACACUUCCUAUCUUA